UUGACAUUUGACUAUUUUCAGGAAGGUUACGGGCUACGUGUCAAAACACUUGACCGGUGUAGAAAAAAUUUAAUACUUCAGGAAAAAUGACGAAAAUAAUACCAGUUAUUUCUAAGUUUUACAAUGAAUACCGUAGUAAAACUUCAAAAAAGCUCAAGGUUAUCGAUGCUUAUUUAUUGUACAUUCUACUCACUGGGAUUGUCCAAUUUGUGUAUUGCCUACUGGUAGGAACAUUUCCUUUCAAUGCUUUCCUUAGUGGCUUUAUCUCAUGUGUAAGCUGUUUCGUAUUAGCUGGUAAGUGUAAAACGAGUAUUCUUAAAGCUGUUAGAUCCUUUUUAUAUCUACAGUGUUUGAAGACUUGAUUGGAAGUUCUGAGA